UGGUAACACUAAUUCACGAUUGAUCUUCCUUGAUCUUAACAUUUUUAUAUUUUUAGCAUUAUUCGUUAUUAUCAUUAUUGAUUAGUAAGUAGCCAAAAUAAGAAAACGGGACCAUGCAACCUACUAGCCUUUUUCUAACUGUGAUUUUCCUCAUUAGUCUGGUGUCAAUCGAUGGCCUCCUGCGCCGCUGCUAUCUGUGCCGAUCCCGCGGAGAAUUGGGCAGCUGCAAGGACCCCUUCACCACCAAUGCGACGGAUGUGAAGCAGGAGCCGUGCGCCAGCGGCUGGUGCGGCAAGGUGAUCGAGGGCGGCGGCGCCUAUGCCAUCGACGACUACGACCUGGCCACCCAGCGGAUGUGCGUGCAGCGCGGCCCUGAUGACAACAUGGACCGCUGUGCGGACACCAUCUACAAUUACAAGAAGGUGUACAUGUGCUUCUGCCAGGGCGACCUGUGCAACGGCACGAGGAGCUGGUCCAGUGCACCUCCGAUGAUCCUAAUCUCCAUCCUGCCGCUGCUCGCCUGGCUGCUCCAGCGCAUCCGAAACUAGACUGGUUUCUGUGCUUUUUGCCGGAAAUGUAUAUACAGUUUUCAAUACUCAUCACCACGAAAUGCAAUAUCCAUUGUUUAAGAAAUACA